AUGACCAGCUCUUUGAGCACCAGAAAGAGGGGGUCGCUUUCUUGUAUCGCCUCUACCGUGAUGGACGAAAGGGGGGCAUUUUAGCAGAUGACAUGGGCUUGGGGAAGACCAUCCAGAUAGUUGCUUUCCUUUCAGGGAUGCUCGAUGCAAAGCUUGUCCGUUCUGUGUUGUUGGUCAUGCCGGUUACCCUUGUGAAUAACUGGAAGCAAGAGUUUGCCAAGUGGGCCCCUGGCAUUAGGGUGAAGCUAUUCCAUGGGGCGAGCAAGAAAGAACGCAGCCAAGGUUUGCAGAGAAUCCAAACUGAAAAGGGUGUUCUUCUCACAUCGUACCAGAUGAUCCUAGCCAACUGGGAACAGCUGUCCAGCUGCGACCAGCAAACAUUCAUCUGGGACUACCUGAUCUUGGAUGAAGCCCAUAAAAUUAAGAGUCCCUUGGCUAAGACCACGAAAGCACUGCGGGCCAUCCCAGCCAUGAAUCGCAUCCUUCUCACGGGGACUCCAGUGCAGAACAACCUACAAGAACUUUGGUGCCUGUUUGAUUUUGCGUGUCAGGGCACCCUCCUUGGCACAGCCAGAACUUUCAAGAUGGAAUAUGAGAAUCCCAUCACAAAGGCAAGGGAGAAGGAUGCAACCCUGGGUGAGAAAGCCCUUGGCCUCAAGAUUUCAGAGAACUUGAUGACCAUCAUACAACCUCAUUUCUUGAGAAGAAGUAAAGAUGAAAUUCAGAAGCUGAGACUGGACCAACUUACUGGCUCACCCAGCCAUGAUGCACUAGAAAUGCCUUCUCUUCCAAGAAAAAAUGACUUUAUUGUCUGGGUCUACCUGGCACCUGUGCAGGAAGAAAUUUACAGGAACUUUCUUUCCUUGGAUCACAUCAAGCAACUUUUAAUGACCACGCGUUCCCCGUUGGCAGAACUGACCAUCCUGAAGAAACUCUGUGAUCACCCCAGGCUGUUGUCCACUCAAGCUUGCACGCAGCUUGGCUUGGAAACUUCAAGGCAGGAGGAUGGGGAAAAUACAAUCAAGGUGGGCCUGAUGGAGGAAAUAAAAAAUGUAUCUGAGAAGGUUCUGAUUGAAGAAUCUGGGAAGUUGAAGUUCCUCAUAGCCUUGCUGGCAAAGCUGCGGGAGGAAGGCCACCAAACUCUCGUGUUCUCCUUGUCGAGGAAAAUGUUGGAUAUUAUAGAGUGCAUCUUGACUCAACAGCGCAUUAAGCUAAUGCGUAUUGACGGCACAGUGACGUGUUUAGUGGAACGGGAGGAGAGGGUGAGAGAGUUCCAGAAUGACAAAAGCUACUCAGUCUUUCUCCUGACGACCCAAGUUGGGGGUGUGGGCAUCACUUUAACGGCAGCUACCAGAGUGGUUAUCUUUGAUCCAAGUUGGAAUCCUGCCACAGACAUGCAAGCCGUAGACCGAGCUUAUAGGAUCGGGCAAAGGGAAAACGUUGUGAUUUACCGGCUUAUCACAUGUGGGACAGUGGAAGAGAAAAUCUACCGGCGGCAGGUCUUUAAGGACUCACUAAUAAGGCAAAGCACAGGAGAUAAGAAAAACCCCUAUCGCUAUUUUUCCAAGCAGGAGUUGAGAGAGCUCUUUGUUCUGAAAGAUACAAGAAGGUCCUUGACUCAACUCCAGCUGGAAUCUUUGCAUGCCACCCAAAGGAACUCAGACCCCAAGCUAGAUGAACACAUUGCCUACCUUUACUCGCUGGAGAUGUUUGGCCUAUCUGAUCACGACCUCAUGUACACAGCUGAAACAGGUCAUGAGGAAGCUGAUGAUGAGGAGGCCCACCAGUACAUUCAGUACCGCGUCCACAAGGCUCAGGAGCUGGUCCAGUUAGAAUCACAACUCACGGACACCAGGAAAAGGACAGUGCACUUUCCAUGACUCUUCAUUACAAUUCAUCUGGGAUUAAAGCCAUUCCCAUGAUCUUCUCUUAGACCCUUCCCAACAUUUUUCUUC